GUUGUCCAUAGAUUAUACACUUCAUAUGUGAUCAUUGACGUACGACAUUCGUACUUUCGUAAUUCGUAUACCUACCUAGCGACGAAAUUCAUACGUGUUAAACCUCAAUUAGCCAAUAUUAUCGUCUUUACUAAAAAAAUGAAUUACGUGUCCACUUUUUAGUGUGAUCAAUUCAGUAUAUCGUGAGGUUGUCUAGAAUUAAUUUCUAAGUGAGGAAUAGUUCUAAAUUUACGUAAAUACCAUCAGCAAAAAUGGCUAAGAGCAGCACGGAAUUUCGAUUCAUAUUUUAUGCCGGCUCUAUUUUUACAUGUUACUUUAUUUAUGGAAUGCUUCAAGAAAAAGUAACUAGAGGAGUAUAUGGUAAUAAUGAGAAAUUUACGGCCACCUUAUCAUUAGUUCUCGUACAAUGUACAGUGAAUUACAUCUUUGCUCAAAUUUUAAUGUUAUCUUGGAAACAUGAAAAAGACAAUACCAAGAAAAUUUACUACUUCUCUUCUGCUCUAACGUAUCUUUUGGGUAUGGUCUGCUCUAACAUGGCGUUGCAAUGGGUCAACUACCCUACUCAGGUUGUGGGAAAAGCGGCAAAACCCAUCCCAGUCCUGAUGCUCGGUGUCCUUCUUGGUCGCAAGUCAUAUCCUCUGAAGAAAUACCUGUUUGUAUUUCUUAUUGUUAUUGGUGUUGUGCUAUUCAUGUACAAAGACCAAAAGAGAGUAACUGAUGAAACACCAGGCAUCGGAAUUGGAGAACUACUCUUGAUAUUGUCACUUCUCAUGGAUGGCCUGACAGGUGCUGUGCAGGAACGGAUUAAAAGCGAACAUUCUCCAACUGCGUACGCAAUGAUGUUGAACACGAACUGGUGGUCUACUAUAAUUCUAACGAUCGGCGUGGUAUUGAGCGGUGAAAUAUUCCAGUUUAUCCGUUUCGUGUCUGUGUACCCCGAAGUCAUCGUAUUUAUCAUCAGCUUGGCUCUAAUGGGAGCUCUAGGCCAACUGUUUAUAUUUUAUAUGGUUUCGGAAUUCGGUCCACUGCCAUGCUCGGUGGUGACGACCACUAGGAAAUUUUUCACUGUCCUAGCAUCGGUUAUAUUCUUUGGCAACGUUCUUAUACUGCGUCAAUUUAUCGGAGCUGCUCUUGUGUUUUCUGGUUUGUUUUUGGAUAUCUUCUACAGCAAAGGAAAGGGUCAAACACCCAAGCGGGCUAUAGACAAAUGAUAUAACAAAGAAUUCGUUUAAAUAAUUAGCCAAAUAAUAUGGUAAAUACAAAAAGAUAUGUUGUCUAUUAACUAAUUAAUUUUUUCCAAUAUAAAUGUAAGUACAUGUCGUUUGAAUUAUGCCUUAAUAGAACCGCGAAACUAAGAGAUUUCGCUAAACGGAUACCACGUAAUAAAAUAUGAUCUCCUGUGACAAUCUUUAUUUAUUCAAACCAAAAAAUAUUUGCCGGAGACAUCUUUUUAAAAAAAAAUUUUUCGUAUGCGUUGUUCACCUGUAUUUGUUAAUAGAUUAAGCAAAAUUAUUUUUUACAUUUUGUACAAUAGUAUAAUAAUAUGUAAGUGUAGCUUUUUAUAUUGUGUAUUUAGACACGUCAUUUCUAUUAAAAUGACGAGACAGUUUACAUUGUUUUACGAUAGUUUGACUGAUAAUGAAUUUGAAUACAGAGAAAAUUAUAUUGUGUGAUUUUUAAUUCCAAUCGUAAAUCUUAAGUUUUGAUAUAGUUUUUAACCAAUAGUUAAUUAUACAAUAAUCGGAUAUACCAUAUCUGUUUAGAUCAAUAAAAAAUACGUUACUGUUGGCAGUAACAAAACAUUUUUUUUUAAAGAAAAUAAAAACAGCUCUCUCAAAUCAUAAAAUCGAAAA